AUGUGAACGUGAAUCUUUGUGUUUAUCUGUGGUGUACACUGUCUCGAUUUUCUGGGAAUUGGAGGUUAUAAAACUAUUUUGUUAUCGCAAUGGGCGAUUCUAACAUAAAACCUAAAAUUAAUAGUACUGAUGGUAAGACACCAGUAUUAAAACAAGCAGAACUAGAUUAUAUGAAAAUUAUCGAACAGAAAAACCUUGAACGCGUUCAAAAAUUGCAACAAAUAACCAAAAGAAAUCGGAUAACUGGCUGUUUGAUCGGCGCUGGAGUUUUGGGUAUCUACUUGUAUUCUAUAAACGCAGUUAAACAAGAGACAUUCUUGGACGAUUUCGAAGAACCAGUGAAAGUACAGCAGUAA